AUGCAGCGAAACACUUUUGCGCAAUCGCCCCCUUUGCACCAUCCCGUACCACAGCAUGUUUCCACCGUCCCUCAAUUACGAUCACCGCCACCUCCUCCAGGAUCCGCACAGUCUCAGCAACAAGCAUACAGCGGGAACCCAUACCAACAGCAGGGCGGCGCCAGCGGGAAUGUCUUUGGCGCCUAUGGCCAGUUCAUGAACGAUCCGACGGCGCAGGUGGCGGCGCAGUUUGGCCAGACCGCUUUCAAGCAUGGUCAGGAGUAUGUCGAGCAGAAUCUUGGACGAUAUGUCAACGUCUCGGCAUUAAAACACUACUUCAACGUUUCGAACUCGUAUGUCCUCAACAAGCUGUUCUUGGUGCUGUUUCCCUGGAGGCACAAGAGCUGGCUGCGCAAGCAGGUGGUUGGAGCCAAUGGGCAGGAUGGGUGGUAUCUGCCUCCCCGUGACGAUGUCAACAGCCCGGACAUGUAUAUUCCAGUAAUGGGUCUCGUCACGUACGUUCUUCUAUCGACUCUGAUCGCAGGCUUGAGGGGCGAGUACCGACCGGAACUUUUGGGAUACACAGGCACGAUUGGCUUGAUUGUGAUGGUUACCGAACUGAUUGCCCUGAAGCUCGGAUGCUACAUUCUCAGCAUCUCUAGCCAAUCGCAGCUAUUCGACCUGAUUGCCUACUCGGGCUACAAGUUUGUCGGGAUCAUCGUCACAAUCGCCGUUGCGCAAAUCUUCAAUUCCGGACAGGGCACUGGCGGUUGGCUUGGCUGGACCGUCUUCAUCUACACCUUCAUGGCAAACUCCUUCUUCUUGAUGCGAUCCCUGAAAUACGUUCUUCUCCCCGAAAACUCACAUGGCUCUGGAGGAACCAUGCAGACCGAUUCAAGGGCAAAGAGGAACCAGCGGACGCAGUUCCUCUUCUUUUAUUCCUUCUUCGUUCAGCUCUUCUUCAUGUGGGUUCUGACCCGCUCUUGA